UCGAUGACGUUUAUUUCGGAACCACAACGAGGCGCGGAAGUCUAACCGACGUCAUCUCCGGCUAGAAAUAGCCGUGACGUAGAUCCUCCCAACUUAUAUAAAUAAGAGGACUUCAGCGGGGGGUUGCCAUCGUCACGUGAUGCGCGUUCCAAAAUGAGCGGCCGAAGAACGCCAACAGGUCCUAGCGUUUCCUUGCCUGAGAUCAAUUUGGCUAUAUUGGGCUCUUUGGGAGUGGGAAAAUCAGCCUUGACCGUUAAGUACAUCACCAAGCGUUUUAUAAAUGAGUACGAUCCGGAAUUAGAAAAUACGUAUUCCAAGGUGGAUGUCGUCGACCAGAAAGAGGUAAUUUUGAAUAUUAUGGACACGUGCGAUAAGGAUUACAAGACACCCGAUCGUUACUUAAAAUGGGCAGAUGGUUUUAUAAUCGUCUAUAGUAUCACCAACAGGUCGAGUUUCGAACAGGCCAACUCUUAUAUGGACUUAGUACAGAAUUCCAGUCCUAGAGAAAUACCUUUGAUACUAGUAGGGAACAAAGUCGAUUUGGAGAGAUACAGGCAAGUGAGUAAACAGGAAGGAAUCAACGUAGCCAGUAAAUACGAAGCCACAUUUUUAGAAUCGACAGCAGCGGAAGAAUACGACGAAGUGGCAGCAGUCUUUCAAGAAACCGUGCGUCAGAUAUUGAGACGAGAAGCCAACAAGUCUCUGUACAUAGGAGAAUCGGCACCCACCAAUGGCACCCGCCUCCUCAACACCCGUUCACAAAAAUCACCCGUCAAAUCGUCCCUGUCUGCCCGGAAAAACGAAGAACCUAACAGAAGUCUGGUUCUAGCCGAGAGGAAUCCCAAAAUGAAACUAUUCAACAAAGGCUUCAAGAUCUUUCAAUCUUGAUUAUUAUCAAUGGGGCUCCGAACUCCGCCGUCUCGCAGCCUUAAGCCCAUUCGCACCGUGACGAAUUAGCGACGAUGUCGUGACGUCGUAAAACACGUGACGUUUCGAUCCGUAACAAUUGGACCGAACCGAGUUGUAGAACGUGAUUGAUUUAUUAUUUUUAUGACGUCACCACAACCCAUCAAUUUAUUAUUAGCGUCACUCGAAAAUUGCGGUGACUUCCUGUGUUUUGCUAUGGUGACGUCACGAUAACAGGCCGAUCGUCGCGGAUUCUGUCGUUCUAAGAAUUAGCAUUUUAUUUCCUUUUUACGAUCAAACCACCGAAUUUUUAAAAUUAGUGACGCGUCGAUUAGCUAAAUAUUAACUCGGAUCGUUCGUAAAAAAAAUAAAAACCAAACGGGGGCGUAACAUUUCGAUGUGUAACUUUAUCUCUAGUCUCAUUUCUCAGGGAACAAUCGCCGUCGUUUCUUAGAAUUGUACUUUUUUUUUCUUUCUGCUAUUCGUUGCAGCAAUUUGAAUUUGGUAAAUCGAGCGGAGAACAAAAAACAUUACAGAACGUUUUUAUGUAUGUAAAUAUUGUUUUCUCGUGUCGAAAUAAAACACUUGGAUUUUUGAAAUUGUUUUCUUCCUCGCCAACAGAUGGCGCGAGCAUUAAUGAUUAAAACCUUCAAUACUUAAUUAACUUAAAAUGAAAUUUCGUGUUAUAGAAAAGUAAAUAAAAUGAUAAAAGAAGGAAAUGAAA